UUGGCGGCGACCACUGCGCAGACCCGGUUUCACUCGCUCGCGUGCCUCGCUCCGCUUCCUCCGCGACCAUGUCUGACAAACCCGAUAUGGCUGAGAUCGAGAAAUUCGACAAGUCGAAAUUGAAGAAGACAGAAACGCAAGAGAAAAAUCCACUGCCUUCCAAAGAAACGAUCGAACAGGAGAAGCAAGCUGGCGAGUCGUAAUGAGGCGUGCCCCGCCGAUAUGCACUGUACAUUCCACAAGCAUUGCCUUCUUAUUUUACUUCUUUUAGCUGUUUAACUUUGUAAGAUGCAAGGAAGUUGGAUCAAGUUCAAAUGACUGUGCUGCCCCUUUCUCACAUCAAAGAACUACUGACAACGAAGGCCGCGCCUGCCUCUCCCAUCUGCCUGUCUGGCUGGCAGGGAAGGAAAAGAACUUGCAUGUUGGUGAAGGAAGAGCUGGGUGGGACGACAGUGAAGUCUAGAGUUAAUACCAAGCUGGUCCAAGGUGUCCUGCAGGCUGUAAAAUGCAGUUUAAUCAGAGUGCCAUUUUUUUGUUCAAAUGAUUUUAAUUAUUGGAAUGCACAAUUUUUUUAAUAUGCAAAUAAAAAGUUUUAAAACGUG